AUGUGCUCCCAAGCCCCCAAAUCCCUAGACCUAGACCUCGACCUCGACCCCUCCCCAGUCCCCAGAUCCCUAGACCUCGACCCCGAAUCCCAACCCUGCCCCGGCGUGACGACGACGGCCGAGCUCCCCGACGAAGCGGAGAACCCCUGCUUGUCGCGGUUUCGCCACCGGCGACUCCUCGCCUUCCUCUCGCGCCAGCGCUACGAUGUCGCCUUCAACGGGCUGAUGCUACAGGCGAGUGAGCCCUUCUGCUUGGAGCGUCUGCAGGGGCUCGUGAGGAAGGGCCUGUGGGAGGAUGCCAUCGACUACCUUGAUGGCUUCCUGCCUGCCGGCCCCAGGAGCCUCCACGCCCACGCCUUCCGCAACUUCCUCUUGAUGCACCACUACUUGGCCAGCAUCGCCGCCGGGGAUGAGUCCGCCAUGGACAAGCUCCGGGCCCACCAUUGGAUGCAACACGUCGUUGAUGCCUGGAAAACGAAAGCGAACCACACAUUUCCUCGUGUCAUGGCCCAAGCCCUGCUCUCGUCGGAGCAGCUCCGGGCGUCCAUGGACUGGGAUGGAGUGAGGAGGGAGGCUGCGUACAUCCUCUCCAGGUUAGCUUCGAGGACCCCAGAGCUCAACAGGCCGCUCACAUUGCCGACUUGCUACACCAAGCCGCACCAAGUGCUUCCCAUUGACGUUGCCUCUGGAUUGUGCAGGCGGCGGCGCGUGAAGGAACAGCGUCCCCAUCUACAACCAGCUGCUGUUGCCAGGGCCAUCCUUUUCAGGGGGAGUCAGCGUUACACAAGAUCUCUAGCCAACUCAAGUUUCGAAUUCAUUGAGAAUGCAAAGGAAUGGUUUGCGACUAUCAUGGAUGAAAGCUUACGAGCUGGUUCAGGUAAAGCGACUUCCCUGCUCCAACAAAUUAUGAAGGAAGGUGCUCCUGUUGCUCCAGUUUCACUGAUAAGUCCUGCUAAAAGUUCUGGUACCUCGUCAUUGACAAAUGCAGAGAUAACCAAAUUAUGCAUCAAGGGACUGUAUGCACCAUUGUUACUAAUACUCGAUGGCCUCGGUGCUCCUGUUUCUUCAGUGUGCCAGACUCUGAACAUGACAAGAGACGCUGAAAACUAUGGUAUCUCAUCAGUGACAAGUCCAGGCCCAGAAAAGAGUCAAGAAGGUGCCUGCGGUGGUUUCAAUCCCAGAAAGAAUCCACGGGCAGAAUUGGCAACUAUUGAUGAAUAUUUGGAUUCAAAAAGGCAACGUACUACUGGGACUUUUGGGGAAGCAAGUAUGGUGCCGGUGAAUGAAGUUUGGGCUGAAGCUCACUAG